UACUCGCAUUGAUUUUUGUUUUCUUCGUCAGUAUUUUUAAAUACCCUGCCUUCGUCAGAAAAUUUGACACUGUAGACUCGUUUUUCAUGCAUCAAUGAACUCGAUUUGGAUUUGGCUGACUGAAAACAAGACUGGAAUAAAAACGUUUCCACGUUGUCAUCGGACGUGGCAGACCAUGUCGUUGGUGAGAAUUUCUCCAUCAAGCUAGCAAAGAAUGGCGUUUAUCUGUCAAUAUUUGGAGGGAUUUUUUCAAUUUUUAUUAUGAAUGGCUGACUUAUUUUCAUGUUCCUGAGUUAUUAAAGUCAUGCGCUCUUCUGCUGAUCUGACCCUGACCCAACGCCUGGUUUCUUCGGAAUACUUUAUCUAUACAAACAAAUGUACAAAUGACACAACGAUAUGGAAGUAUUAGGAUAUUACUCUUGUCGGCUUAUUGAUUUCUGGUACUCAGCAUAAUUUAUAGAAGAAAAAAAUCGCUGCCAUGGAUCGUGUGGAUGAACGGAUGGCGGAAAUAUGGAUGAAUGAAUGAUGCAGAAAUACGCUUAAAAUUUAUCAUCUCUUAUACCCUAAUUGACAACAUGGGAAUGUCUUCCAAACUCAGUGACGUGUGGGUGACCUUAAAUCGGAAGAAAACCGUCACGGAGGACUUCCACGAAACCCCCCUCAAACGAUGCCUCAGCACCCUGGACCUGACCCUCCUUGGUAUUGGGCAUAUGAUAGGGGCUGGAAUCUACGUUCUAACGGGAACUGUUGUGAAAGAUCUCGCCGGGCCGUCAGCUAUUCUGUCGUACGUGUUCGCGGCGUUUGCUGCAAUUUUGGCUGCACUGUGUUACGCAGAGUUUGGGGCGCGUGUACCUAAGGCUGGAUCCGCCUACUCGUACACCUACGUGACGCUGGGUGAGAUAUGGGGGUUUAUCAUUGGCUGGAAUAUCCUAUUGGAACAUCUUCUAGGAGCAUCCUCAGUCGCUAGGGCAUGGAGCGGCGGUCUAGACUCUUUAUUUAACGGUGCAAUUAAAAACUCAACGCUUACAAACAUAGGAUAUCUGAGUCAUAAUAAUGUAUGGAUAUCGGACUAUCCGGAUUUUGUUGCAUUUGCAGCGACUCUAAUGGUUUUUUUCGUGGUGGCUACGGGUGCUAAGUUUGCUAUGAACUUCAACAAUUUUUUCACAGUCAUCAAUUUGAUUGUGAUAGCCAUUAUAAUCGUUCUUGGGUUUUACUUUGCCGAUGUGAAAAACUGGACUGAUCACGGAGGAUUCUUUCCGUAUGGAUUCGGUGGAACGUGGGCGGGAGCCGCCACGUGUUUCUACGCCUACAUUGGAUUUGAGGGCGUGGCAACUGCUAGUGAAGAAGCCAAAAAUCCCGAAAAGUCCGUUCCCAUAGCAACCAUAUUGUCUUUAGGAAUCGUCACCGUUUUAUAUGUACUGGUGACCUGCGUUUUAACUUUAAUGGUCCCCUACACCGACGUUAAUCCGACUGCAGCAUUUCCAUUUGCAUUCGCCCAACAAGGCGCGGAAUGGGCGAAAUAUGUCGUUGCCCUAGGUACUUUAUUUGGAAUUACGACUUCAUUGUUGGGUGGGGCCUUUUCUUUACCAAGAGCGGUCUAUUCCAUGGCUUCUGAUGGCCUGCUGUUCCAAAUCUUUGCCUACGUUCAUCCAAAAACACAGACUCCUGUUUGGGGGAUUCUUUGCUUUGGAUUCAUCUCAGCUCUAAUGGCUCUUCUCUUCGAAAUAGAGACCUUAGUAGAAUUUAUGUCCAUUGGGACCAUUCUUGCGUACACAAUCGUUGCUGUAUCGGUGAUCAUACUCCGAUACGCCCCGGUCCAUAAAUGCCAGUUUAAGCUAAAACCUCAAGAAGAAACACCUGCUGCUGAUGACGUCAGUUUGGGUGAAAGCAGUUCAAUCAUAAAGAAAUCAAAAAGUCAUGACGAUUUUGGCAGGCUGAAAGAUCACUUAAAACAUUUACCUUUUUUAAAAUCCUUUGAUCCCGGAAAUGCCACCAUUAUGGCCAUCUUGGUUAUGUUGGUGGCGAUUAUUUGUUUUUGUGCUGUUUUGGUGCCCGGGUAUCAAUAUUUGGCAGAUGGUGCUUGGUGGGCUAUUUGUUUAGAGAUCAUCUUUGGUGCAGUAAUCGUCCUUUGCUUUUUGACUCUGAUAGCCCAUGAAAAGAACGACGCCUUCCUCACGUUUCAGAUUCCCUUGGUACCGCUCAUCCCCUGUCUCAGCAUCUUCUGUAACAUAACUCUGAUGAUGAAACUCAACUAUCUAACUUGGAUACGGUUAGCCAUCUGGCUGGCUCUCGGUUUGAUCCUGUACUUUGCUUACGGGGUGUGGAAUAGUCGGGAGAGGCAGACGUCACAGUACGGGGAAAUCGUGGGAUACACCGCCAGUGUCUCGUGCAGUACCAUCAGUAAAAUGGAAGAGGAGGUCGUAGAACCGCAGCCUAAACGCGCCGAAGGCGAACAGGUUCACCUAGGCGCCGGCAUGGACGGAUUUUGAUUAUACUUCUAUUUUUUAUAUCAUGACUUACAAAUGGGCAUUUUUGGUACAAUGUCAAUAACCGAUGAAAAAAUUAGAUGAAGUGCACUGAGGACCAUUAUCAGUCAAAGCAUCGGCAAAAAACGGAUCAACUCCAAGAUUAACAAGGGAGACAAUUGCAAUAUAUAACGAUCCAUGCAAGAAUGUUUGCGGUCUGGAAAAUCUGAGUUUGGGGGUUGUUAAUGUUGUUCAAUAGAUAGAAAUUAAUUCAUUUUUUAUUUUAGUGGUGUUUUUGUUUAACAGCUGAAAGCUACUCCAAAAAAUCUACGCCAAAUAUCCCGGCAACCUCUCUGAAAUGCGUCCUGAUAGUAGUGAGGGCUCUAUAACUGAUACAUGUACUAGUGUCUGUUGUGUUAUUGGCUUAAAAUAAAAUAUUGAGGGAAAUUGUAUAUACUAUGAUACAUUAUGAAAAGAUAAGAUGUGGCAUAUGACUUUACUAUUAUCUAUCGGAUCACUUCGCUCCUUGCCUUGGGAAUAAAAUUGAAUAUUUAUACAGUACCGAGUGUGAUCCGAAUAGCAAGCGAAAACCGUAUACGAUAUACUAGUAUUUAGUGGCGCAAACAUGGUAGAUACAUGUAUAUAUAGAUUGUAGAUGCUAGUUAUAGAUUAUACAGUAUACAUUAGAUUAUAUAUAUUUUCGUGUAUUGGUUUUAGAAUGCGUCUUUUUGGGGGUGUUACAUAAUAAGUAGUACAUAGCGUUUGUAGAUGUUAGGUUUUGUCAUUAUGAAUCCUAUUUUUAUAUUAUUUCGUCUGACGUUAAACUCGUGAUUAUCGCCAAAAUGUUAUUGUUGUUAAUUUAUUCCAAAUAUAUAUGUAUAACUAUUAACACUGUUGUUCUGAAUAAAAUUAUCUUAACCAU